AUGGAAGUUGUUCUUCUUGGAGAUAAUGCGCCAGUUCAAAUUCAAGAACAGGAAAUCAUUGAAAGUGAUGCUGCAGGAGUUCAUGUUGAAGAGAUUAACGAUGAAAAAUUCAAAGAUAAGACACGAGAAACACUUAAUUUAUAUGAUUGUGGUACCUGGCCAGUUCUUCGAAAUAGCAGUACUGUAGAUCAUUUAAUCAAAAUUGGUCCGAUACAAAUUAAAAAUGAAAAUUACCCUGAGGAUGAGAAACGUCGACAUUUCUCAAACUCUUAUUACAAUAGAAAACUUUCAAAUGGUGAAAUUUUUUGCCGCCGAUGGCUUGCUUACUCUGUGUCUAAAGAUUCCAUAUUCUGUUUUUGUUGUCGACUUUUUAAUAAUAAAUCGAACUCCAAAUUAGUUGGCGAUGGAUUCAAUAAUUGGAAAUAUUUAUCCGAAACAUUAGGAAUUCAUGAGAAUUCUACCUCUCAUAUGAAAUGUUAUCAGCAGUGGGUACAAACUGAAAUUAAACUAAAAACAGGAGCAACCAUAGAUAAGCAGGAACAAAAAAUUAUUGAAAAAGAAAGCUUACAUUGGCAAAAUGUUCUCCAUCUAUUAUUGAAUAUUACUUUGUACCUGUCGGCGAAUAAUAUGGCUUUCAGGGGAACCUCGGACACUUUGUAUACAUCUAAUAAUGGAAAGUUCUUAGGACUAGUGCAAUUUCUUGCAAAGUAUGACCUCGUGAUGCAGAACCAAGUAACACGUGCAAUGAAUGGUGAUAUUUCGGAUCAUUAUUGCGGAAAAACGAUUCAAAAUGAGUUAAUAGAUUUGAUGGCUGAAAAAGUAAAUGCCGAAAUUAUAAGCAGAGCCAAGGUAGCUAUAUAUUAUGCAAUCGUAGCUGAUUGCACUCCAAACAUUUCUCGGAAAGAACAACUCUCAUUUACAAUUCGAUUUGUUGACUUAACAGAUGAUACAGUACAAAUUAAAGAACAUUUUCUAGGAUUCUUCACCGUUGAUGAUACUACUGGCUUAGGUCUUACUGAAGUUUUGAUUAAUAUUAUGACUAAAUACAGACUCGAACUCAGUAACUGCAGAGGUCAGGGUUACGAUAAUGGAUCAAACAUGAAGGGAAAGAAUACUGGUGUACAGAAAAGGAUUUUGCAUAUGAAUCCAUUAGCUUCAUAUGUGCCUUGUGGGAGUCACAAUUUGAAUCUUGUAUUAUGUAACUCUGCACAGUCUUCUGUAAAAUCAGUUACAUUGUUCGGUAUUCUUCAAAGACUGUUUACACUAUUCUCAGCUUCGGUCAAUCGAUGGAAGAUUCUAACUGAUCACGUAGAAAUCUUUACUUUGAAGAAACUAAGUGACACACGUUGGGAAGCAAAAAUUAGUAGUGUCAAGCCAGUUCGUUAUCAAAUUUCUGGUGUUCAUGAUGCUUUAAUUACUUUGUCUGAAACUGAAGGCUGUGAUCCUGAUAUAGUGCAUGAGGCAAUCACCCUAGCAGAACAACUGAGAGACUUCAGCUUUCUCAUCUCUUUAGUUGUUUGCUUGUUUACUGUCGUCAAUGUUAUCGAGUCGUCAGUGACCACGGGUCGUGUUCAGAAGUCGUAA